CCCUUUAGCCCCUGGCCCAAUCUUACUGCCUGACGACCACAUUGUAAUCUUUCCACACCAGGACUCACGAUCAUCAUGUCAUCUUACGGAAAUUAUCAGCAAUAUGGGGGCAAUCCAUAUGCGGACGCUCCCGCCGCUGAAGGUGGAUAUGGAGCGCAAAAUCCCUAUGGCAAUGCGCCUCAAGGAGCCGCUCCCCCGCUCAAUCAUGAAAUGUCCAAUUACUCGCAAGCUUCAAACUAUUCGCAGGCGGCGCCCAACGUCCUCACGUUGCAAGAUUUCCUUGCCCGCGUCGAUCUUGUGAAGCAAAGCAUCCGCAACCUCACCUCGAAUGUGUCCCAGAUUGGUACUCUGCAUCAACGCAGUUUGUCCAGUCCAGAUGGCAGUGCUUCGGCGCAGCUCGAGAAUCUCGUGACGCAAACGCAGAUUCUCAACACACAGAUCAAAGACAAUAUCAAAUCGCUCGAGGCCGAUGCCCUCAAGACGCCAAGCGAAAAGGGAAAGAACACCAAGUCUACGCAAGUCGGCAACCUGAAGCGCAACUUUGACGCCGAGCUCAAGGGAUACCAGAAAGAGGAGCAGACCUACCGCCAGCGGUACCGCGAGCAAAUGGCGCGCCAAUACCGCAUUGUCAACCCAGAGGCAACCGAGGCCGAGGUCCAAGAAGCCGCCAAUGCUGACUGGGGAGAUGAGGGUGUCUUCCAGACUGCGCUCAAAAGCAACCGAUCCGGCGCCGCUACGAGCGUGCUUGGCGCCGUUCGCGCACGUCACUCUGAGAUCCAACAGAUUACGCGCACGCUGGUCGAGAUUGAUCAGCUCUUCCGCGAGAUGGCGACGAUUGUGGAGCAGCAGGAGGCGCCGGUCAUUGAGACCGAAGAGCAGACGCAACGCACCACGGACAACCUCAAGAGCGCCGAGCAACAGCUUGACUCGGGCAUUGCACACGCUCGUCGUGCGCGCAGACUCAAAUGGUGGACCUUUUGGAUUGUUGUCAUCAUCUGCUGCAUUCUCGCCCUCGUCCUGGGUCUCGUGUUUGGUGUCGGCAAAAAGAAUUAAAAACAAGCUCAUCAGCCCUACAGCGUUACUCUUCUUGCCCUCCAGAUGGGCUUUUGGAGUGCGCGGAUCCCCGAAAGGGCCUUCCUGCAGCUUGCAGCUUGCAGCAGCAGACGACUACUCCAAUGUCCUUUUUUUUUUUUUAACAAUUGUGUCCGCUUUUCUACUUUGGAAAGAAAAAAAGAAACUUAAUUUGAUAAUUUGAGGGGUGUGAAUAUCGAGGCCACCCAAAAGCGAAGACAAGACAAAAACUUCAAAAAGUAUCGUGGGAUUUUCCACAGAGAUCCGCGAGAGAGAGAGGAGGGUUUGGCAAGAGACGGCAUUCCCCCCACGUUGAAAGGUCUUUGCCAAGGACAAGAUUUUGUACAAAUAUCCUUGCUUGCCUUUUCUUGUUGUUUUUAUUUCCCUUCUUACCCUUUAUUACCACUUCACUUCUCGAGGCUACAACCUCUUUAACUUUUUUUUUUUUUCUUU